CGCCGCGGGGCGGGAGGCGGCCAUGUCGCUAUUGUCUGCGCUGGUGCCCUUGCUCCGGGUGUACUGCAUCGGCCUCCGCGUCAUCCUGCACCAGCUGCGCCGCCGCUUCCAGCCGCGGUGCGCCCCGGCCUCAGUUUUCCCUACACAAAAUGGAAAGGUUGCUAUAGUGACUGGAGGCACUAAAGGAAUUGGUUACCAAACUGUGAAGCAUUUGGCAAGACUUGGCAUGCAUGUGAUAAUAGCUGGAAACAGUGAAAGUGAUGGCCAAGAAGCGGUGAGGAAAAUAAAAGAAGAAACUUUGACUGGAAAAGUGGAGUUUUUAUACUGUGAUUUGGCUUCCAUGAAGUCUAUACGGCAAUUUGUGCAGCAGUUUAGAGCAAGGAAUUGUCCACUCCAUGUCCUGGUGAAUAAUGCUGGGGUGAUGCUGGUCCCUGAAAGGAAGACGGAGGAUGGUUUUGAGGAGCACUUCGGCUUGAACUACUUGGGACACUUCCUGUUGACUAACCUCCUCUUGGAUACGCUGAAGCAAUCAGGAACGCACAGUCACAACGCUAGGAUCAUCACUGUCUCAUCAGCCACCCAUUAUGUAGGCAAAUUGCACCUAAACGACUUACAAAGCAGAUGUUCGUAUUCACCCCAUGGAGCCUAUGCCCAAAGCAAACUUGCCCUUGUGUUAUUUACCUAUCGACUACAGCAUCUUCUGACUGCAAAUGGAAGCCAUGUGACUGCUAAUGUAGUAGACCCUGGAGUAGUGAAUACUGAGCUCUACAAGCAUGUCUUUUGGGUUGUGAAAGUGGUCAAAUGGAUGACAGCCUGGCUAUUUUUCAAGAGCCCAGAGGAAGGAGCCUCUACAACCAUCUAUGCAGCAGUAUCACCCGAGCUGGAAGGAGCUGGUGGCUGCUACCUUUACAAUGAGGAAAGGACAAAAUCGGCUGACGUGGCAUAUGAUGAGGAGCUGCAGAGAAGGCUCUGGACAGAAAGCUGCAAGAUGGUUGGGAUUUCUGAUGAAGCCAGCAGGCUUCCCUAGAAGAAGCCACUUUCAGCUGGGUAAAUUAAAUGCAUUGAAAAGCAUCUUAGGUGAAUUCUUGCAGCAUCAGUCAUCAUCCUGGAAAUCACUGUUCAGUCCCAAAGGCAAACAUGAACAGCUCUGUUCUUCACUUGAAUCCCUAAUCUGCUAGGGUGUGGGGGGAAUAUUCCCACAGAAAGGUGUAGUGGUUGGUUUUAAAUCUAACCAUCAGUUUUGUAAAUCAUUCUGUUUCAGUCUGUGAUUAAAAUACAAUCUUUAAACAUG